GGGCCCUCCCGCAGUUACGAGGUGCAGCUGGAGAGCCGGGUGAGGAGGAGGGGGCUGGGCAAGUUCCUGCUCCAGAUCCUGCAGCUCGUGGCCAACAGCACGCAGAUGAAGAAGGUGAUGCUGACGGUGUUCAAGCACAACCUGGGCGCGUUCCAGUUCUUCCGGGAGGCCCUGCAGUUCGAGGUGGACCCCACGUCCCCCAGCGUGUCCGGCUGCUGCGGGGACGACUCGUCCUACGAGAUCCUGAGCCGCAGCACCAGGUUCGGGGACCCCCACCCCGGGGGGGGCCCCUGCGGGGGCUGCUGCCACUGAGCCCCCAGACCCCGGGAAUUCACCCCAAACCACCCCCUGCCCACGGGGGAGCGGCCUGGCCUGCUGGGACCCCCCAAACGGGUGACAAACCACCCCCC